CUGAGCAGGAGCUGAGCAGGACUCCAGCUGUGACCCCGAUAUGCAGGCCUCGCAGCAGGUGCCCAGGAUGAUGGCCUAUAGAGAGAGGCUGGGGGGCCCAGGGGUCUCCCCACUGCCGGUCCGCGGGGGACAUAUGCUCCACGGGGCGGCCUUUGCCUAUGUGCCCAGUCCGCAGGUCCUGCACAGGAUCCCAGGGACCUCGGCUUAUGCCUUCCCCAGCCUGGGCCCCGUGGCCCUCUCCGAGCACAGUUGCCCCUAUGGGGAAGUCCUGGAACGCCAUGACCCGCUGCCUGCCAAGCUGGCCCUGGAGGAGGAGCAGAAGCCAGGGCCUGGGUGGGCCCAGAAGCUGAGCCAGGCUGGAGCAACGCUGCUCAAGGUGCCGCUGAUGCUCGCAUUCCUCUACCUGUUUGUCUGCUCGCUGGACGUGCUCAGCUCGGCCUUCCAGCUGGCAGGAGGGAAGGUGGCUGGUGACAUAUUCAAGGACAACGCCAUCCUGUCCAACCCAGUGGCGGGGCUGGUGGUGGGGAUCCUGGUGACCGUGCUGGUGCAGAGUUCCAGCACCUCCACCUCCAUCAUCGUCAGCAUGGUCUCCUCUGGCUUGCUGGAGGUGAGCUCCGCCAUCCCAAUCAUCAUGGGCUCCAACAUCGGCACCUCUGUCACCAACACCAUCGUGGCCCUGAUGCAGGCGGGGGACAGGACUGACUUCCGGCGGGCCUUCGCAGGGGCCACUGUGCACGACUGCUUUAACUGGCUGUCGGUUCUGGUCCUGCUGCCCCUGGAGGCUGCCACUGGAAGCCCUUUCCCCGCCAGCAGGGUCAAGGCUGGAUUUCCUGCUCAGAGACUAGCAGAGCUGGAGGACCCAAGUGCCCCGGUUCUACUGUCUCUGGGACUGGCCCUGAGGGAGCCUGACUCACACCCGUGUGCUCGCUCUGCUGAGGUGCGGGUGGCUUCCUCCAUGUCCAGGACAGAGCCCAAUGCCAGCCGGAUGCUUGGAAAUGCCACCAUGGAGAAAUGCAGCCACCUCUUCGUGGACACCGGGCUGCCUGACCUGGCCGUGGGACUCAUCCUGCUGGCGGGCUCUCUGGCCCUGCUGUGUACCUGCCUCAUCCUCCUGGUCAAGAUGCUCAGUGCCCUGCUCAAGGGCCACGUGGCCGCGGCCAUCCAGAAGGUGAUCAACACCGACUUCCCGGCCCCCUUCACCUGGCUCACUGGCUACCUUGCCAUGGUGGUGGGUGCCGGCAUGACCUUCGUUGUCCAAAGCAGUUCUGUGUUCACCUCGGCCAUCACCCCACUCAUCGGCCUGGGCGUGAUCAGCAUCGAGCGGGCCUACCCCCUCACGCUGGGCUCCAACAUUGGCACCACCACUACCGCCAUCCUGGCUGCCCUGGCCAGCCCCAGGGAAAAGCUGGCCAGCUCCUUCCAGAUCGCCCUCUGCCACUUCUUUUUCAACAUCUCGGGCAUCCUGCUGUGGUACCCGGUGCCCUGCACGCGCCUGCCCAUCCGCAUGGCCAAGGCUCUGGGCAGGCGCACUGCCAAGUACCGCUGGUUCGCCGUCCUCUACCUGCUGGUGUGUUUCCUGCUGCUGCCUUCGCUGGUGUUCGGCAUUUCCAUGGCAGGCUGGCAGGCCAUGGUCGGGGUGGGCGCCCCCUUCGGGGCCCUGCUGGCCUUCGUGGUGCUGGUCAACUUCCUGCAGGGCCGCAGUCCUGGGCACCUGCCCAGGUGGCUGCAGACGUGGGACUUCCUGCCCAGCUGGAUGCACUCCCUGAAGCCCCUGGACCGCCUCAUCGCCCGUGCCACCCUGUGCUACGCCAGGCCUGAGCCGCGCUCACCCCCACUGCCCGCCAGGGUCUUCUUAGAGGAGCUGCCCCCCGCCACACCCUCCCCACGCCUCGCACUGCCUGUUCACCACGGUGCCACACGCCUCUAGACGGUGGGCCCAGACUGCAGCCUGGAGCAGGGAAGGGCCUACACGCAGAGUUGGGAGAGAGCAGGGCUGUGUGUGUGUGUGUGUGUGUGUGUGCCACUCAGGG